AUGGAUGCCAGUCUAAAGGCGCAGUUCUGGAACGAAGGCUACCUUGUCGAAAACUUAAGACUACCGCCUCACACUUUGGAGAAAGCUAAACAGGAAAUCGAGCAACUGGACUUCAGACCUAUUUUUGGUGAAGUGUAUGAAGUAGAACGUGACCAUUUCCGUCUUCAAGCUCCUAUUGCUACAUUUGGUCCGGCUACAAACAAAAUAUACAAGCGAGUGAAGGGUAUUGUAGAAGGAUCUGAUAAAAAUUGGUACACCAAAAAGUCUAUUUCGAACGCAUUGAAAUCACUUCCGGGGGGCCUUCGCCAAGGCAUCCACCUAGAUUUUCCUUCAUUCGAGACAAGCAAAGCGAAACUGGAAAAGGGUAUUGUUCAGGCGUCUGUCAUUAUUGCUCUUCAAUCAGACACACAGUUCUACGUCUAUCCUGGCUGUUUUGGAGUCUAUGCAGAAAUGGAAAAAUGCAAACUGAAAAUUUGA